GGAAAUGUCGGGCGCUAGGAGGGAGGCGAGUCCGGGAACAAUGCCUUUGGGCUAUGCAGAUUUGGCUUUCUGGAGCCUACGUCGACCUUUGGGGAGGCAGAGGGGAUGGGGGUUUCCAGACCAACCAAAGUGACCUAACGCCACCCCACUGACUAAUUGGGGAUGUAUGUGGGAGAGGCAUAUGGUUGCCUUAGACAGCCAGGUAGGCCCCACCUAGUAGUUCCAAUUCCGCUCGCGGCCAACGACAUCAUCAUGGCCUCUACUAAUUCCCGCCUUUCCUCGUUUUAUGCCGUCGGAAGGUGAAAUGCACUGAGACUGAGCAGCUAGAGAUGGGAACUUCAAGGUUCCCGCCCUCAAUAUGGGGCGGGGAUAGGAAGAGGAGCGCAGAGCCUCUCUCGCAGUUGCUUUUACGUCUGAUGUCACUCCGGGGGCGUGGCUUGUGGUUUAGGCGCCCAGAACGAAUCCCGGAUGCUUGGGCUGGAUCUGGUUCCCCCACCUCCCCCUCCCCCCGGGCUGUGGAACUGCUUUUUGCUGCCAUGCAGCGACACUUGGGGAGCUAUCCGCUGUCCCCCGGCGUGCGAGUAAAGUUGGUGAGUGCCGGCUUCCAGACAGCCGAAGAGCUCCUGGAGCUGAAGCCUUCGGAGCUUAGCAGAGAAGUUGGGAUCUCUAAAGAGGAGGCUCUAGAAACACUGCAAAUAAUAAAGCGAGAAUGCCCUGUAGAUCUGUCAAGAUUUGCUUCUGUAUCUAUAUCAGGCAAGAAAUAUACAGCAUUGGAACUUCUUGAGCAAGAACACACCCAAGGCUUUAUAAUUACCUUCUGCUCAGCGCUGGAUAAUAUUAUGGGGGGUGGAAUACCCCUAACCAAAACAACAGAGAUUUGUGGUGCACCAGGUGUUGGAAAAACACAGUUAUGCAUGCAGUUGGCAGUAGAUGUACAGAUCCCAGAAUGUUUUGGAGGUGUAGCCGGUGAAGCCAUAUUCCUUGAUACAGAAGGAAGUUUUAUGGUUGACAGAGUGGCAGAUCUUGCCACAGCCUGUGUUCAGCAUCUUCACCUUAUUGCAGGAUCACACUUGGAAGAGGAGCACCAAAAAGCAUUGGAGAACUUCUCCCUAGAAAGCAUACUCUCCCAUAUCUAUUAUUUUCGUUGUCACAACUAUACGGAACUACUGGCACAGGUUCACCUCCUUCCAGACUUCCUUUUGGAACAUUCAAAGGUCCAGUUGAUUAUAGUGGAUGGGAUUGCAUUUCCGUUUCGUCAUGAUUUUGAUGAUCUUUCCCUUCGAACACGGUUACUGAAUGGACUAGCACAGCAACUGAUCAGUAUGGCAAAUAAUCACAAAUUAGCUGUAAUUUGGACUAAUCAAAUGACAACAAAGAUUGAUAAAAAUCAGUCCAUGCUAGUACCUGCUUUAGGGGAAAGUUGGGGACAUGCAGCUACAAUUCGUCUAAUCCUUCAUUGGGACCAAAAGCAGAGGUUAGCAACGUUGCACAAAUCACCAAGCCAGAAAGAGGCCACUGUGCUCUUUGACAUAACGGCCCAGGGUUUUCGGGAUGUAGUUGUUCCCUCUCCAUUAUCACCCCCGGUAGAACCUUCAGGGAACCCCCGAAAACGAUCACGAGAUGGAAGAGAAGAAGAAUAAUAUUUAAAGAUUUUGCGUUUGUAUAUAUGUGCUGGGUACGGUUUACACUGGAAAUAUUUUCAUCAGUCAUAAAAGGAAAUCACCAAGUAAUCAUAAAUCAUUUAUUAAAACAUUUGUAUAGAAUAUACUUGAGCAAGAACAUGGUUGUAAAUAUUAAAAUACAUAAAUAUAUAUAUAUAAUACAUUAAUAUCAUUAACUUGGAACUUUUAUAAAAUAAUUCACACACUACUCACUUUAUUAUUGAUAUAUCUAUUGGUCACUAAACUUUCAUUCUAAUAAUACAUUGUACAUAAAUAUCUAAUUUCAUUACAACCAUCUAAUUAAGUAUGAUUUAAUAAUAAAUACUUCAACCUAAUUUCAGCCUUGGCAAUAAAAGCACAAGUACACUAUAUUAAUUUUACUAAGUGGAAUAAUCAUGGCAGUGCUCUUGUCUACUGUAGUCCAGUUCUACAUUUAAAAGUACAUUAGUGGUUCCUCUUCUAAACCUGCAGCUCUAAUUAAUACAGAAUUAGUUGGGAUCAGGCACUCUUGGAUCCUAUCUAUAGAUUGUGGCAGUACCUAUAUGAUGAUGGCAGUAGGAAUUUUUCAUUUAAUUCUCCUUCCCUUCAGCUUUUAUUUGCCAGGUUACCUAAGAUACUAGGAACUGUUUAAAGGAAUUGGAUCCUAAUUGAAUAGUGCCUGACUCAUCAGUCACCAUAAUGAACAAAAGGGUCGUCCUUCAAAAAAAGAAAACCUAUAGACACGUCAUUAAUCAGUAGGACUGGUGGAUCAUUAAUUUCUUUCUUUAAAACAACAAAACAAAACCCUUACCUUCCAUUUUGGAGUAAAUACUGUAUUGGCUCCAAGGCACAAGAGUGGUAAGGGCUAGACAAUGGGGGUUAAGUGACUUGCCCAGGGUCACACAGCUGGGAAGUGUCUGAGGCCAGAUUUGAACCUAGGACCUCCCUCUCUAGGCCUGGCUCUCAAUCCACUGAGCUACCCAGCUGCCCCCUGGAUCAUUAACUUUAAUGAAUGGUGCCAGAGAGUAACCAUUAAAAACCAUAAUGACACUUCAUCAAUGCUUGAUUUCUAGUCAUUUAGCUUUUGUUAAGUUGUAGAUAGCUACAUGUGUAUGUAUAGCUACAUGUAUCUUGACUGUUUUGAUUGCAUAGUCACCAUUGAGCCAUUAAGAUAAUGAACUUGACUAUGAACCAUGUUUCACUAUUAUUUUGUCUUUUUUCCAAACAAAAAUUAGCCUUCUCUCCCCCUCCACUCUGCCUCUGCUUCCCCUGCCCACCCAUCAAGAAAGCUUUAAGAAAAACAAAAUCCCUAUUAAUAAGUGUGUAGUUAAGUAAGCAAAAAUUUUCAUUGAUGAUACCUUUAAGAAAAAAAAUCUUGAUCUGCAUUCUAUCAGGAGGUGGCAGCAGGUUUCAUCAUGAGCCCUUAGAAAUUGUAGUAGGUAUUUUUGUGGAUCAGAGAUCCUAAGUUUUCUUUUGUUUAUCUAUAUAUAUUUGAAUUAUAUUUUAAAUAUUAUGAAGCAACUAGAUGUCUCAGUGGAUAGAGUACUGGACCUGGAGUCAAGAAGACUUCAGUUCAAAUCCAGUCUUAGAUACUUGGCCAUAUGAACCUGGGCAAGUCACUUAUCCUCUGUUUACAUUAAUUUACUAGAGAAAGAAAUGUCAGACCACUCCAGAAUUUUUGCUUUGAAAACCCCAUGGACAGUAUUCGUGAUCUGUGGUCCACAAGUUUAUGAAGAGUUGGACCUGACCAACCAAGUAAUUUUCAUAUAUUGUACUUAAUAUAAAUUCAGUGAUUAUAUUCAAUAUAAAAUACAUAAUGUAUUAAUGUAAACUAAUUAUAUAUAAUAUUUAAAUAUAUGUGGCUGUUGUGAUAUGCCUUCACUGUCAUCAAGAACUAAGUUGCAUAUUUAAUCAUUAAUCCUCUGGAAUCCUGGUUAGAUACAAUAGUAUUUUAUCAUACAUAACAAUUUUAUUUCCCAAUUUUUGGGCAGUCCCUCAGAUUCCCAUUCUUUACCACCUCAAAAAUGUAUAUAUACAUAUUUUUGUAUAUCCUUAGAAUUGGUUUUGCUUGAUAUUCCCUCCCUAGAUUUACCCUCACUCUAAUUCCCCUUUUCCCUCUUCUUAACUUUUUCUUCUAUUUCAAUGUAAAGGAAAUCGAUUUCUGCACCCAACUGUAUGUGUAUUUCUUAUUUUGACCAGUUCAGAUGAGAUUCAAAUGUCAACCACUUUCCCUCUAUUUCCUCCCUUUAUUUGUAAAGAUAACUUUUUGUGCUACCUUAUUAUGUAAGAUAAUUUUCCCUAGCCUUUCUCACCCUUCCCUGACCCUCACCCCUCAUAGCGUAUUCCUCUUUCUAUCUCUUUCCAUUCUUCAGAUCAAGACAAAACAAAAUCACUCCCAAACAUUUUUAAUUUGAUGUUCAGUUGUUUCAGUUGUGUCUGAUUCCAACUCCAUUUGGGGUUUUCUUGGCAAAGAUACUGGAAUGGUUUGCCAUUUCUUUCUCCUACUUGUUUUAUUGGUGAGGAAACAGAGGCAAAUAGGAUUAAGCAACUUGCCCUGGGAACACAGUAACUCUGAGGUCAGAUUUGAACUUAGUUCUUCUGUCUCCCAGCUCAGCCCUAUGCUACCUUGCUGCACUUUUUCUGACUGGAUUCUCUAUGAAUCCUGAUGACUAAUGAUAGGAUCAGAGGGAAAGCAUGCCUCAGUUCCCUGUAUUUUAAUUUUAAUUUAAAUAGUGUGUGCUUGUUUGAUCUUUUUAUCACAUUUAUCUUUUUAUAUUUUUCUUUAUGUGUUUGAAUUUCAGCAUCUCCAUAGUGUUGGUCUUUUUAUCAGGAAUCCUUAGAAGUUUUCUAUUUCAUUAAAGAUCUUUUCCCCCUUUAGACUAUACACAGUUUUUGUUAUUCUUGACAAAUAUGAACUCAUAUCUUUUGCCUCCUAUAACAUAGUAUUCCAAGUUCUCCUUUAUAGUGGUGGCUGCUAAAACAUGUGUGAUCCUGACUGGUUCCUUGAUACUUGAAUUCUUUAUUUCUGGCUGCUUGCAGUAUUUUUUCUUGACUUGGAAGCUCUGAAUUUUGGCCAUAAUAUUCCUGGGAGUUUAAAUUUGGGGCUUUACUGAAGGUGAUUGUUGGAUUCUUUUCCCACUUUGUCCUCUUGUUCUAAGAGAUAUGGUGUGGUUGGUGCCCUAGUAUGGAUCUGGGACUUCCUGGUAUCCAGCCUCUCCUUGGUUGUUGAUGUGUUGAACACAGUGUUUCUGGCCCAACUUAUCUAUAGUGUCCAAAGACUUCCCUGUCUGCCUCCCUGUGCCAAAUUGGGCUGGAAAAAGGACUCACUCUGCUCUCCCUCCCCCCCCACCACCCUGUCUCAGUUUGCUGUAUUUUCUAGACAUUAGGAAGAGUUUGUGGAGAAAAGCUCUUGCCUACUCCCCUACUUUCAUGAAAGAGUUGAUCAAGAGCCAUAGAUGUUAAUCUUAUCUCUUGAAUCAUAUGAUUAAUAUCAGAAACAGUCAAUAAACUGCCUCACCUGUAAGGGCAAAAUCAAGGACCUUACAUUGACUAUCUUGGGGGAGAUGCAGCACUUACCUGCACUCCUAAUUGCUUUGUCCAAAAGGUUCAGUGCAUAAACACCAUAAUAUUCUUUGAAAUAUUAUGAGGGAAUGGCACCCUGUGACAUGAUUGGAAGCAGAAAAGUGUAAGAAUAAAAAUUAGUAAUACUAUGCCAGAGGAAAAGUGAAAUAUUGCACAUGUAGAGAGGCAAAUACUAACUUGCAAUAGCCAGUCUGAUUUGCAAGAUAUUUGUAAACUAUUAAAUAAUCAGAAAGUUAGGUAUACGAUCAGUAAAGAACUGAAGAAAAAAUUUUAACAGGGAGUUUGAAUUACUACAAUAUAAACUUGAAGCUCAACUAAAAGACAAGAUAGAUUAUAUUGACAUUCUGGAACUAAAGAAAACUAAUAAGUAUGACAAGUAAAAACAGUUUAAGAUGCCAGUAAGGAUACAGCAGACAUUAACUCAGAUCCCAAAUUAGUAGCUUCAACUUCAGAUUCUCAGCAGGAAAAACAACUAGGAGUUUCCAUUUACAUAGGGACUACAAGGUGCUCAUUAUUGUGCCAGCUAUAGGAAGGUCUAGCAAGAACCUUUAAUUUGUAAGCUAAAAAAAAAUACAUAUCUGUUAAUUUUAAGUUUAAGUUGAAAUCAGAAAUGCCUCUGUAUUUUUAUGGAUAACCAGUGGUACUCUAAACAGCAAUUAGAAAAUUGCAUUUGAAUUUUAAAGUUUCAUUUUAAUUGUUAGUAAAAAGCUACAAUAGUGCAGGAUGGUGUAAUGUCUUAGAACCAGUGCCUGCAAGACCUAUAUAACAAUUCCACCUCUGAUAAAUGGCUUUGUGACCCUAGGCAAGUCACCUGAACUCAGGCCUCGUAAGUUCAUUAAAGACAGCAUCUACCUGCAUUAAAUAGAGGUAGUUCCCCAUCUGGAAUUCCCCAUACUAAUAAAAUCAUUGGACCAAUCCUUACCUAUGAAAAUCUAUGUGGAUUUUAUAAAUUUUUAGAGAUGGAAAUUAAUUACAAACACACACACCUUUUUAAACCUUUACCUUCCUUCUUAGAACCACUAUUUAUUUUAAGGCUGAAGAGUCUUCAUAAGGGCUUAGGCAACGGUGGUUACAUGACUUGCCCAGGAUCGUACAUCUAGGAAAUGUCUGAGUACCAGAUUUAAACCCAAGAUCUCAUCUCUAGGUCUGGCUUUCAAUCCACUGAGCUUCGUAAUUGUCCCCUGAAUUGCAUUUUAAACAAUUUCUUUCUAUAAAUAUAACCCCAAAUGGUAUCAAGACCCUUUACUUCCUUUCCUAUUAGAUAAGAUGGUACGCUUAUAGUAGCUUGUUAAGAAUUGAUUUGACCACAAAUUCAUUUAGAUAUGUAAUAAUGUUUUUCUUACGGUAAUGAGUAAAUACUAAUACCAGUCAAAACAGUUUAAAGGCUAUCUGUUGGCUUUUUCUCAGUCCUCAUUCUUCACUUCCUUGGCUUCUUGACAUUCUCUGCAGUCUUUGGCACUAUUAAUCACCUUCUUCUCCUUGAUACCCCCUUACUAGGUUUUCAUGAACUUGCUUUCUAAUGUUUUUUUUUUCUUCUUCUAUCUGUCUGACUGUUCUUCAGUCUCCUUUAUUGGAUCUUCAUUUUUGUCACUUCUGCUAAUCAUUUCUGUCUUGCUGGUGAUCUCAUCUAUUUCCAUGUCUUCAUUUAUGACUGUGGAUAGGAUUCUCAGGUUUAUUUAUCUAGCCCUAACCUCUUCUCUCAAGGGUAGCUAGGUGGUACAGUGGAUAGAAGGCUGGAUCUACAAUCAGGAAGAUUCAUCUCCUUGACUUAAAAAUAUGACCUCAGACAUUUAUUAACAGUGUGACCUUGGGCAAGUCAUGUAAUUCUGUUUGCCUCAUCAGUACAAUGAGCUGGAGAAGGAAAUGGCAAGCUACUACAAUUUCUUUUCCAAGAAAAUCCCAAAUGGGGUCACAGUGUUGGAUGCAACUGAAAAAACUGAACAACAACCACCUCUGAGGCAAACAUGGUUAAGUGACUUGCCCAGGGUCACACAUCUGCUAAGUUUCUAAGACCAGAUCUGAAGACGAGUCUUCCUGAUUCCAGACCCCAUGCUUUCUACUGUGCCACACAUCUACUCUUUAAGAAAAUAAGAAAACAUUGUACACAGAGACUGAUACUCUGUGGUACAAUUGAACAUAAUGGACUUCUCCAUCAGUGGCAAUGCAAUGUCCCUGAACAAUCUGUAGGGAUCUAGGAGAAAAAACACUAUCCACAAGCAGAGGACAAACUGUGGGAGUAAAAACACCGAGGAAAAGCAACUGCUUGACUACAGGGGUGGAGGGGACAUGUUUGAGGAGAGACUAAAUGAACACUCUAAUGCAAAUACCAACAACAGGGAAAUGGGUUCGAAUCAAGAACACAUGUGAUACCCAGUGGAAUCAUGUGUGGGCUAUGAGAGAGGUGGGGGGACGGGGGAGGAAAAGAAAAUGACUUUUGUUUCCAAUGAAUAAUGUUUGAAAAUGACCAAAUAAAAUGAUGUUAAAAAAUAAAAUAAAUAAAAUCUGAAAAAAAAAUAAAAAAAAGAAAAUAACAAAAUCACCACCUGGUUCCUUGUUGCUGAAAUAAGGUUGGCCAAUUGCUAUUUGGCUAGGCCUAAUAAGACUAGUUUGAACCAUCUUACUUUGGUCACCAUUAUAGACUGAUCAGAAUGACGUUAAGCUAUUACUUAAACACUUCUAAAUUCUGGGUUCCCAGGUUCUCCACAUUUCACAAAAUAGUGUCCCCAUCAUAUUCAUCCUCUUUAUGUGAGAUGUUAUUUAUGCUGGUUCACAACAAAAUUAUAUUAUUCAGUGUACUGGAUCUAAAGUAAAUAUCAUUCAGGAUUGAUACAAAUCUUCCUGGCCACAAAUAAAUACAUACUUAUUUGAUCAGCUGCCUUCAAUUCAAGUUUACCAUGCUAAUAGUGUAGGAAGUAUAGCUCUUUAGUACUACUCAAAACAAUUUAAACUUGCAAUACUAUUUUAACCUACUCAUAAAUAAAAUAAUUCUGUAAAUAUUCUAAGUCUAAUUGUGUCUUUAAAUUCCAACAGGAUAACCAAUAGAAUUUUUUAUUUUGGUUUCAUUUUACUUUAGUUCCACUAUCAGUGUGAAUUAAAGUGAGAAAAUAUACUUAUUGAUAACAACUGUAUGAUCUUAUUUGAAUUAUAUUGUGAUAUUAAAAGGAUUUAAUUUAGAAUAAAGGAAAGUUGCUAUAGUAUUUGAUUUGAACCCAGGACUUCUUGUCUCUGGGCCUGGCUCUCAAUCCAUUAAACUACCUGGCUGCCCUUUGUUUCAUUCACUUCGGAAACUUGACAAUAACCUAUUUUGAUUCCAAGGGUUAGUUGUUUGUUGGCAUUUCCUUGGCAAUAUUUUUGUUAUCAGUUGAAUAAGUAAAUGAAAAAGCACUUGUCAAGGAUUGUUCUAGGUACUGGGGGAUACAAACAGGAAGAGGGAGAAAAUGUGAUCAAGCUAUUAAUCAACAAAUAUUAAACUAUGUUUCUUCUA